CAUCUGGCACCUAGAUGCAGUGCCUCAGACCGCUCGGGAGCCCCGAGUUAAAGAGGGAAAUGUUUUAACUGGCACAGAAACACGAACGCAUAGACUCCAAGCGUCUACUUGGCAGACAGGGACGAAGAAGAAAGAGAAGAACGUGUGAUAAAGAAGAUGAUAAAUGAGCUCUGGUGGAGGUUUAGAGUACAGCUGAACCAUUCUGACAGAGAGUAGCACGCUGCAGACUUGUCUUAGUAAUGGAUGUGUACUUCGGGGAGGGGUGGAGGGAUGGAGGGAGUCAUCAAGAGAGGAGAGAAAGGGAGGAUGAGUUAUAAUCAGCGAGGAGGGAGAGAAGACAGGGAGGGGAAAGCAAGCGAUCUACAGCGUGUUUAGGAGAGAGAGAGGCUGAGUAAAGUUUCUUACCCGGUUACAACAUUUUCCUCGCGCACAGCUGUUCCUCAACACCAAUACAUUCGCGAGCAUCGCUAGGAGGAACUCAAGGUGUGGUCAUCAUGUUGGGGGUGUGUCUGUCCGUCCUAUUGCUCCUCCCCCUGGCCUCGUCCAUCCCCUCCCCCUCCAAACCUCCCCCAAGACUAUGCAGACGAUGCUGCGACCCCCUGCAGCCCCCAGAAUCCUCUGCUGCACACCCUGCCCACCACGCCGCCGCCACGCCAGAGGUCCACACCUACAUCAACAUGACCAUACUCAAAGGUGAUAAAGGUGACAGAGGAGAUAAAGGCAUGCCAGGGAAAAAUGGUAAAGAAGGUCCGCAAGGUUACCGGGGUCCCAUGGGUCCUCAAGGGACUAAGGGCCAGGCGGGCGCCCCGGGAGAUGCCUGUAAGACACAGCACUCCUCCUUCUCUGUAGGGAGACGUAAAUCCCUCCACAGUAUAGACUACUACCAGGCCCUGGUGUUUGACACGGUGUUCAUCAACCUCUACGAGCACUUCAACAUGUUCAAAGGUAAAUUCUACUGCUUCGUCCCAGGUAUCUACUUCUUCAACGUGAACAUCCACACGUGGAACUUCAAGGAGACCUACCUCCACCUGAUGCACAACGAUAAGGAGCAGGUGAUCCUGUACGCCCAGCCCAGUGAGAGGUCCAUCAUGCAGAGUCAGAGUGUGAUGAUGGACCUGGCGCUGAACGACGAGGUCUGGGUCAGGCUCUACAAGAGGGAGAGGGAGAACGCCGUCUAUAGUGAUGACGUGGACGUCUAUAUUACCUUUAAUGGAUACCUGGUGGCGCCUAGUGUCCAGUGAUCAGAGUGGAGGAAGAGGGGGAGGGGGAGGAAACUCUGUGUUGGAUUUUGGUUGUUUUAUCAUGCCUAAAGUUCAGUGAUGAAGAAGGAGGAAAGAAGAGAGAGAGGGAACUUGCGCCAGUGUUGGAUUUUUGAUUUUGCUUGUGCCUAUAUUGCCUUCAGUGCUCACCAAAUUCAAAUGUAAUCUGGUUGGAUUUUGGUUGUCCGUUUGCAGUGCCUUCAGUGCUCACCAAAUGGACAUUUUAGUUGUUCCUUUGUAGUGCCUUCAGUUCUCACCAAAUGUAAACUCUGGGUUAAUUAUGAUUGUUCCUUUUUGGUGCUUUCAGUGCUCACCAAAUGGAAACUCUGGGUUGAUUUUGAUUGUUCCUUUUUUGGUGCUUUCAGUGCUCACCAAAUGGAAACUCUGGGUUGAUUUUGAUUGUUCCUUUUUUGGUGCUUUCAGUGCUCACCAAAUGGAAACUCUGGGUUGAUUUUGAUUGUUCCUUUUUGGUGCUUUCAGUGCUCACCAAAUGGAAACUCUGGGUUGAUUUUGAUUGUUCCUUUUUGGUGCUUUCAGUGCUCACCAAAUGGAAACUGUGGGUUGAUUUUGAUUGUUCCUUUUUUGGUGCUUUCAGUGCUCACCAAAUGGAAACUCUGGGUUGAUUUUGAUUGUUCCUUUUUUGGUGCUUUCAGUGCUCACCAAAUGGAAACUCUGGGUUGAUUUUGAUUGUUCCUUUUUGGUGCUUUCAGUGCUCACCAAAUGGACACUCUGGGUUGGAUUUUGUUUGUACUUCCGUUGCUCCUAAAGCAGCCAAUUGAUACAAAUGAUCUGCACACACAUUUUCCUCUGCCUCACAAUGUAUUCCUCUCAGGUACUUUGAAUGGGGAGGAUUGUGGGCAGUGUUGUGCAGUGUUGCAGUGUUGUGUAGUCCCAGUGAGAAAAAUUGGUUGAAAUUACAUAACUUUUUAAGCUUUUCAACGUCUUUUCAAUGUCUUUUGCUCUUCGGGUGGUUUUGGGACUAGACUUGAAUGGACCCUGCGUUGAACUGUUGCUAAGGUGACCUCGAGGAAAGCUGUAGAAGUGAAAAAGAAGAAAAUGGGAGCCAUAUUAAAUGAAUAUAUAGAGAUUGUUGAGUAAGUAAUGCAAGAUUGUAUUGAUAUAUAUAUUGAUAACUCAGUGUUACGUGUUUUUAUAGAGAUUUACUUUAAGCUGCAGAGCAGCUUGUAACAUGUACAUAUUUGUACAGAUUUUUGUUACCUAAAACGUUUUAUCACUAGUCUGGGUGCCAGUUGGUCUUUGCUUUAGCUGAACUGUUGUUGUUGUCCCGUCCUGAACACAAUACGCUACUGUUGCUGAAUGCAGUUUGAAAAGUUCUGCAUCCAGGCUGGGCUUACCCUAACCCGAUACCACCAAAACCUGAAAGUACUGAAUUCCAUUGUAUCAAUACAACACAUACUGUAUCAGAACAAUAUAAACCAAACAAUCAUUUGUAAAAACCCAUUCAAACUAGAAGCCCAUUCUAAACCAGACCUUCUAGAACCAUUACUCCCCGUUGUCAGUUGAGCAGGUUGAACAGAUGCAUUCUAUCUUUCACCUAGAGGUUAAAGGUCAAACCCUGACCCCUGCCUGUUUCCCACCGUUAGAGUACACAACCCCUCAUUACUGUCAAGAUUUGAAUAUGUCCUAGUAUUGCAAUACAUGGGGAAUAGGGUGCCAAAUGUAGUGCACUAUAUUGGGCAUAUAAAGUGUGUGCUAGUAUGUCAUAGUAGUGUACUAUGUAGGGAAUAUGGGUGCAGUCUGGGAUUAUCAGUUUUGUUUGACAGCUCCAAUGGAAAACCCAACUAAAAGCUAAAGAGAGGAAAAACAACAACAACAUGUGUGGUUUGGAUGGUGAUGGUUGAAUUGGUUGCCAGAUGGACGACCAUAUCUCUCCUAUUACUGCUAAUUCUGUCCUCAGUCCACAGGGACUGGGGCUAAACUGGAGAUAGAGAGACCAACUGGUGUAUUAGGCCAUGACUAGAUAGCGUUGUAGCCAAUUAGAAUAGGCUUUACUGGUGUAGUUCCCUAGGCAAUAGCUCCGUAGCCAAUUAGAAGAGGCUUUAGUGGUGUCAUUCCCUAGUCAAUAGCUCUGUAGCCAAUUAGAAUAGGCUUUACUGGUGUAGUUCCCUAGGAGGCAAUAGCUCCGUAGCCAAUUAGAAGAGGCUUUAGUGGUGUAGUUCCCUAGGCAAUAGCUAUGUAGCCAAUUAGAAGAGGCUUUAGUGGUGUAAUUCCAUAGUCAAUAGCCCCGUAGCCAAUUAGAAGAGGCUUUAGUGGUGUAAUUCCCUAGUCAAUAGCUCCGUAGCCAAUUAGAAGAGGCUUUAGUGGUGUAAUUCCCUAGUCAAUAGCUCCGUAGCCAAUGUAAUAGCGUACCAUAGGGAUGUACUUCCUAUGGCUGUUGUACUGUAAGUACCUAUUUCCUGGAUAUCACUCAAAACCAAGAGCAGAAGUUGACAAAGUUGGUUUGCUGUACCCAGGAGGCAGAACAGCAGAAAGCAUUGUGGGUUGGGUUAUUAGUAUUUACCGUGUGCCCCAAAACACAGCCAUUUAUAACCUCGCUCAAACAAUGGCUCUGUUUCCUACGCACCUCUACAAAUGCAGAUUGCACUUUCAAGGAGUUCUCUGAGAGUUGUUGGUAGACGGCCUCUUUAAAACUAGCCUGGUCCCAGAUCAGUUUGUGCUGUUUGGCAUGACAAUGACCAUUGCGAGACAGUACAAACAGAUCUGGAACCAGGCUACAGUAAAAGUGAAAAGCAGCAGAACUCCUGUUCCUUCCUGGAUGCAUUUUAUUAGUUCUAUUAGACGGUUGUGUAGUUCUCUUGUAUUUAGCAGCACUUAGAGCCUUUUAUACCCUCAUUAAAGACAUGGACCCAGUUCAUAACAGUAACGACUCCAUCUGAGGUAAACAGUAAAGUAGCUUUGAAUCGCCCCACUAUCCUAUAAACGCCAUGCUCUAUAAAAUGAGCCAUAAAGUAAGUUGUGGUGUUAUGUUACCUGUGAAAGAGUGUUGAUAAAACUCCUGCAGUUACUGCUGUUAGAGUUCAAGGUUUAGAUGGGAGGGCGGCUGGGAGCAGUUGGUAUGACAGGUUAUGACAGGCUAUGACAGGUUAUGACGUAUAUAUCUCAUGCUCAUGGCAUGUUUACAAGACAGGUUUCUGGAGAAAGGCUCAAGAGGAGAGUUAGUGAGAGUUUUCAAUGACAUCAAUGACGUCCGAUUUCCCCCUGCGUCAAAGUCAGCCACAGCUUUCUCUCUAACACCCUCGCUAUCUCUCUCUCUCUUGCUCUCUCUCAUCUCUGUCUCUCUCUCCCUCUAAUGCUCUACUCUCUCUCUCUUGCUCUCUCUCUCCUCUCUCCCUCUCUUGCUCUUCCUCUCGCUCUCUCUCUCAUCUUUCCUUCUCCCUCUCUCUCCAUCUCUGUCUCUGUUUCUCCCUGACCUCCCUCUUUUGCUCUCAUCCUCUCUCUCUCUCUCUCUCUCUCUCAUCCUCUGUCCGUCUCUCUCUCUCUCUCUCUCUGGGCUGUUUUUCUUUAAGUCAGUAACAGGAAGCUAAUGACAACCAGACCUCUGACUGACCGAACUACCCUGAGAGAAGGGGAAAGAGGGGGAGAAGAAGGAGACAGAGAGGGAGAGGAGAAUAGUAGAGAGGAAAGGAAAAUAGGGAGCGAAAAGGGGUAAAAGGAGAGGGAAAGAAGAAGGAGGAUGAGAGAAAG